AUGGCGGAACCUUAUAGCAAGGACGAAAAAAUCGAUGCACAACAACAGUGUAUCCAGCAGUCCCAGAAGUGGUCCUGGGGCCGCUGGCGAUGGGGCAAGGUCCAGCCUAUCCCCAGCGAGCGUCAGGUAUCGAAGGAGUACGGCGCUGGGUUCUGGAGCAAAUUAACAUUCUCCUGGAUGAAUGAGCACAUGAGUACUGGAUAUCAUAGACCGUUGGAGUAUGAGGAUAUCUGGCUGGUGAACCCAGAUCGUGCUGUCGUACCACUCUCGAGCAAACUGCGAGAAAGCUUUCAACUGCGUGUGGCCCAGAAGAAAAAGCAUCCACUGCUUGGAGCCAUACACGAUACGUUUCGGCGCGAGAUCUGGCUGGGCGGGAUUUGCCGUCUGUUAUCGGACGUCCUCUUGAUCUUUGCUCCUUUCACUCUCCGCUACCUGAUUGCGUUUGUGCAGGAUGCGUGGAACGCGCAUCAUUAUGGGGAGCCCAUCCCUAAGAUUGGAAGGGGAGUAGGCCUCGUGCUAGGCAUCCUGGGGAUGCAGAUUCUCCAGAGUCUCGGCGACACUCACUUUCUCUACCGGUCUAUGGUCGUGGGAGGCCAGACGCGCAGUGUGUUGAUCUCCGCCAUCUUUGAGAAAUCCCUACGACUGUCUAUGAGAGAAAAGGUUGGGGCGACAGGCAAGAGCAACUCAGGGUCAGAAUCUGAGGGCUGGACGAAUGGCCGUAUCAUGAAUCUGAUGUCUAACGACACGCAGCGGAUCUUCCAGGCGUCCAAUGUGGUUCACCUCGUCUGGACCAGUCCCCUCGCUAUCCUACUUGCUGUCAUUCUGGUUAUCAUCAACUUAACUUACAGUGCCCUACCGGGGGUUGGAUUCCUAGUCAUUGGCCUGUUCAGCCUGUCACAAGUGGUAAAGUUCCUAGCAAGUCGAAGGGAUAUGAUCAAUGCUAUUGCAGACCGCCGGGUGAGCUUGACCCAAGAGAUACUCCAGGGGGUUCGCUUUGUCAAAUGUUUUGCUUGGGAAAGAGCCUUCCAAGAUCAUCUGAACGAGAUACGAGCACAGGAGAUUAGGUCGGUUCAGAUUUUGCUGAUCAUGCGGAGUGCCAUUGGAGCAGUAUCGAUGGCCCUUCCUAUCUUCGCCACACUGUUUGCAUUCAUUACCUUUGCACUUUCAAACCAUGCAUUAGAUGCGGCGACUAUAUUCUCGUCGCUUGCGCUCUUCAACUCCCUGCGCACUCCGCUUAACUGGCUCCCCGUGGCCAUUGGACAAGUGGUCGAUGCGUUGGCCUCCGUCCGACGUAUAGAGGAGUUUCUACAGGCAGAGGAACAUGAAGAACAGGCUGUCUGGGACAUGAAUAUGGCCGCUGCGGUGGAACUUCGCAACGCGAGCUUUACCUGGGAGCGAGGCAUGGGUACUGACAAGUCUGUGGCGCCUGAAUCCGCCUCAGCACCGCAGUCAGUCUUCCAACUUCAUGACCUGGAUCUAACAGUCCCACGGAACGAGCUACUGGCCGUUGUGGGCACCGUAGGCGCUGGCAAAACAUCAUUGCUCGCUGCGUUGGCCGGCGAGAUGCGCCGCACAGGGGGCACUAUGGUUCUGGGAGCCUCUAGAGCCUUUUGUCCCCAAUAUGCUUGGAUCCAGAACGCUACGGUUCGUGAUAACAUUGUCUUUGGACAGCCGUUCGAUUCGGAUUGGUACUAUAAGGUGGUCGAUGCGUGCGCUCUUCGAGCGGACUUUCGCAGCCUGCCUGCAGGCGACAUGACGGAGAUCGGAGAGAGAGGAAUCAAUCUUUCCGGGGGCCAAAAGCAGCGAGUGAACCUGGCGAGGGCCGUCUACUCGCGCACAGACAUCGUGCUCAUGGACGAUCCGUUGUCUGCUGUGGACGCACACGUCGGCGAGCAUAUCUUCCAGCACGCCAUUUGUGGCCUGUUAAAAGACAAGUGUCGGAUUCUCGCUACCCAUCAACUGCAUGUUCUCGACCGUUGUGAUCGCGUGGCACUGUUGCAUGAAGGAAGGAUCCGAGCUGUUGAAACUUAUACCGAUCUCCGCCAGCGCUCCGCGGACUUCAAUCGCUUGAUGACUUUGAGCGUCCAGCGCGAGGAAGGUGAUGAAAAGGGAAAGCCCAAUGACGAAGGGAGCUCUGAAGAUCGUAUCGAGCGUGUCGACUCCAGCGUCUCGCUUCAUGGUGAUGGGGCACUAAUGACUGCAGAGGGCAAAGCGGUCAAGAGUGUUCCAUGGAGCGUCUACUUGGCGUACAUCCGCGCAUCAGGAAGCAUCCUGAACGCCGUCUGGAUCUUCCUGUUGCUUGUCAGCUUCCGUGGGGCUAAUAUCAUGACUGGCCUCUGGCUGAGUUACUGGUCGGCCCAAUCUUUUGAUCUAAGUCGGGGUCAAUGGGGAGUCCUGCUGUUUGCCUUCUCCCUGUGUACAAGUGUGGUUGGUACGAAUGCAAGCCGCACAAUGCUCAAUCAGGCUACCUGGCACGUCUUACGAUCUCCUAUGUCGUUCUUCGACACAACGCCUCUGGGUCGCAUUACCCAUCGAUUUACCAAAGAUAUUGAUGUGAUGGAUAUGAGCCUCACAGAUUCCUUGCGGAUGUAUCUUGUGGUGCUCAGUAUGAUCAUUGGUGUCUUUGUACUUACCAUUGCGUACUUCUACUAUUUUGCCGCCGCUAUUGCGCCCCUGACCGUUCUUCUUGUGAUAUGGACAGCGUAUUACCGGGCCAGCGCACGGGAAUUGAAACGAUUCGAAGCUGUGCUGGAUUCAAGCGUGUAUGCCCGGUUCAGUGAGGCAUUAGCAGGGACGUCUAGCAUUCGAUCGUAUGGGCGACAACAGCAAUUUACUUCACGCGUCCAGUCGGCCAUCGAUGACAUGAACAGCGCUCACUUUCUAACGUUUGGCAACCAGCGAUGGCUUUCGCUGCGUCUGGACAGCAUUGGCAACGCACUCGUCUUCACCAGCGGCAUCCUUGCUGUGGCCGAACGAUAUAGCAUAUCUCCCAGUAUUUCUGGUCUAGUACUGAGCUACAGUCUGAGCAUUGUACAGCUCAUCCAAUUCACUGUGCGACAGCUGGCAGAGGUAGAGAGUGCGAUGAAUGGAACUGAACGCAUCCAUGAAUAUACAGGCCUAGAGCCAGAGGCUCCGUUGGACUUGGGGAUGGUGCGUCCGACCUGGCCUGAACAGGGACAAAUCACCUUUGAGAACGUCACAAUGCGGUAUCGCCCUGGGCUCCCGCUGGUCCUUAACAGACUAAACCUCACCAUCACGGGAGGCGAGCGGAUCGGAAUCAUCGGUCGGACUGGAGCAGGGAAGAGCUCGAUUAUUUCAGCGCUGUUCCGACUGGUCAAGCUGGCGGAGGGCUCUAUCACCAUUGAUGGAGUGGAUAUCUCUCAGAUCGGCCUGCAUGAACUGCGCGCACGGGUUUCCAUAAUUCCCCAGGACCCGACGUUCUUCCGGGGUACAGUGCGGUCCAAUCUCGAUCCGUUCAAUGAACACACCGACGCCGAGCUCUGGAACGCCCUGCGACAGAGUCAUCUUGUGGAUGCGAAUAAUGCGACCAAUGAUAAAUCACAGGAGUCGGAGAAGGAUGGGUCCAGCAUGUCAAAGAUCACCCUGGAUGGCCCUGUGGAUGAAGAGGGAUCGAACUACUCACUCGGCCAGCGACAGCUUCUAGCCUUCGCCAGGGCCAUGGUACGGGACAGUCGGAUUAUUGUGAUUGACGAAGGAACCAGUUCGAUUGAUACCGAGACCGACAUGAAAAUCCAGGAGACCAUUGUCAAUAACUUCCGCGGAAAGACCCUGCUGAGCAUUGCUCAUCGUCUACGAACGAUCAUCGGAUACAACCGUAUCUGUGUCAUGGACAAGGGCGAGAUAGCAGAGUUAGGUCCGCCGCUGGAGCUGUGGGAGAGGAUGGGCAUCUUCCGCAGUAUGUGUGACCGAAGUGGGAUCCGGAGGGAGGAUAUUGAGGCUGCUAGAUAG